GCCCAGCCGACGCCCACCGCCUGCCAAAUACUGCCGUUCAACACCCUGCAAGCCUCCACCACUGACUGCGCCAUCCAUCAUCCGCGACCACGGCCAACAUCUGCCCCCCGGUCACCGACUCACAGACCAACGUCCAAAGUCAACAAGCCCUGACCGCCCGGAGCCUCAAUUGGGCAACCCCAUUCAUCUCCUCGAGUCGUCACGUCCGCGCCCGUCAACUCGCCCCCAUCCGCCAGUCGCGCCCUGUCCGCGAGCGACAGCCGCGCCUGCAUGGCAGUGCGUCCCCUCCGACUAAGGGCUUUCCUCCUCGGCCACCUCCCCACCGCCGUCGAGACGCGUCUGUAGACGCCAGCCGAAUCGUCGACAUGGCCGACGACCUUGACUCCAUCGUCAAGGGCGCGCCCGUCGCCGCCCCCGAUAUCACGCCCGUAACCGGUCCGACGCCCAUUCAGCCCAUGGCGGGCAAGCAGGGCGACCCCCUCAACAGCGCGCCGAGCUCUCCCUCCAUGGUCUAUCUCAACCUUCUCAUCCUCGAGGCCUCACUACGGGCCCAAUUCCUGGAGCUGCGCGCCCGCCGCCGCCACCACACCUUCUUCCUUGCCCUGCUCACCGCCUGGGUCGCCUUCUUCGGAUACAAGCUAUACUUUGCGCCGCGCGAGGACGGCCGCGGCGUGGGUGGCUCCAUCUACUGGGCCGUUGAGGGCGCUCAGAGGGUGUGCUUCAUGGGCGGCAUCAUCACUGCCAUACUCGUCUGGGCCACGGGCAUCUGGGACCGCGGGAUCCGGUGGCCUCGCCGCUGGUUCGCCAUCUCCAACCGUGGCCUGCGCGGUUUCAACUGCAAGCUCGUCAUCAUCCGACGCCCCUGGUGGGCCGAGGCUCUUUCUACCAUUGGCUUCUUCCUCACGUACGGACUCUUCUCGCACACGGCCUCGUCCUCGUAUCGACACGUGGAUCCCUCACUCCUGCGCGAGACGGAAAAGGAGCUGCAGCUCUCCGCCGACAGCCACCCGACCUUGGUCCUGCCGCAUGAGGACGAGGAGCGCGGCGGCCACGAAGAGGACCUGGCCCCGGGCGGCGACUACGUCAAGCUUCUCCUGCUGGCUAAGCCCUUCUCGCCCACCUUUCGGGAGAACUGGGAGCUGUACCGGACCGAGUACUGGGAGAGGGAAAACGAGCGUCGGGCCAUACUUCGUAGAAAGGUCAAGGAGCACGACCGAAAGACGGCCAAGCAGACGCACGGCUGGCUCUGGUGGCUCCCCUGGCAACAGGCCCAGCCCGUGGCGCGCCCGCACAAGUCUCACAUCAGCCGCGCCUCGGUGAGUGAAAAGGGUCGCCGUCGUCGCAACAGCAGCAACGCGCGCCGACCGUCCAUCAGCUCAUCGCGGGGCCAGACCCCGUCGUUCGAGGGCGUCGAGGAGCUGCAGAUGAGCCGGCGACCGAGCUCCGGCUCGGACAAGCGCCGAAAGAAGCCCGGGUCCGUAUCCAAGGCCAAGAGGUCGGGCACCGAGUCUCGCUCCGUGACGCCUGAGAUUCCGUCACCGCUCACGCGCGAGAGCACGCCGGCCGGGGGCGACGGCGCGGGUGAGACGGGGAGGGUGCUGCGAAGCGCGGGGGCCAAGGCGAGGGACAAGGACAAGGACAAGGACAAGGAAAAGAGCGGCAGCGCCUAGAUAGUGUGCAUUAUAACAUGUUGAGAAUAGAGGUGCGUUCGGCGCUUUGCAAGCAUUGCAUACGUAUCUUGUACGAGAUGCACGGUGGGCAUAUCGAGUUCUAGGCUGAGCUCGGAAGCAACACUAUGUCAAAGCCUUGACUGAUCGGA